UUCCCACUCAUUUAAAUUCUUUUAUAUAUUUCACACAUUUUAAAUAAUUUUCCCCAUUUUCUUCACUGGCUGCUUCUUCACCUGAGUCUUGCUGCAACUAUUCAUCACUAGGGUUUGCAGACGAAGCCCAAAUUUCAAUCAAAAAAGAGACCGGGUAGUUCAAAUUUGUUGCCCUAAAAUGGAUCCGAGCAGCUCUUCAAGUAAAAACCAAACAAAAAAGCAGAGUUUAAGAGAAGAUUAAUCAAAUUGAGUGUCGAUUCAGAUUUUCUUUUAGUAAAUUUUGAAUCUCCUUGCAUAAUCAUGGUGACAAUAUGCCUGCAGUGUGGCGAUAAAGGAUUCACUAACGCAUUGAUUGAAUGUGAGAAAUGUCAGAAUGCUUCUGUGCAUCGCUAUUGUCUCGAUGUAAUACCCGAUAUUUCAGAUGAAUAUGUUCGUUGGCUUUGUGACGACUGUAAAGCCGAAGCACCAAAGGGAAAUAUUGGAAAACGGAAGGUUGAUUUAGCGACAGUUCAAACAGAGGAAAAUAACAAGAAAACUAGACGUGUUAAAGAAUUCAUCGUUAAUAACAAUGCGUCGUCGAAGCAACGUUACGAGGAGAACAUAGUAACAGACAUCAAUGAAUCCACCACAUCGACGAACGAUUCCACAUUAGAAAAUAAGGUUUCUGACCAGAGAGAUCAGAAGUGUAUCUCUUCGAGUUCUUUCGAUUCGGAUACCGAUCGUUUGAGAAGUUGUUCAAAGAAGAAGAGAACUGUUGUUUCUUCUGAAAAUGUGGCGGAGGAGCAAAUGCAUGUAACUGGCUCUGCUAAUACGAGCAGCUUACGUGACGAGUUUCCGAAACACGAAGGUACCACAGCUGCCGAACCAGUUAUCGAGCCAGUAUGGAGUACGGACUCGCAACACGUAUACGGCCCACGCGACGCGUCCUUAUUGUAUCUUCAGGCGAAGCAUAGAUCGCAAGCCGUCAUGGAGGGUGCCAUCGACGAGACGCUACGUGGGAGGCGCGCGGACAAGGGUUUAUGGUCGUUAUUUCAAAAACGCCACCCCCACCGUAGAGUGCUACGGAAUCUGGUCCGCAUGGGAUUCUACGGCGUGUAUCGUUGCGGGCGCAUAGCGGUGGAUUACCACCUCAUCACCGCCUUGGUCGAGAGAUGGCGGCAGGAGACCCACACAUUUCAUUUCCGCACCGGGGAGGCGACCGUCACACUGCAGGACGUGGCUCUGAUGUGGGGCCUAAGAAUCGAAGGCCGCCCCGUCACCGGUGUGGAUGUAACGAGAUCAGUGGGCGAUUGCCAGGUGUACUGCCAGCUCAUGCUGGGGUUUACGCCCACCGAGUCUCAACUUAGGGGAGGAAGCUUACAUGUUUCCGCCCUCGCAUCGCAUAUGAAGAAUCGCCCCGUCACUGACGACAGUUCGGAAGAGCACGUGGAGCAAUACACGCGUGGACUAGCGUUCAUGUUGUUUGGUGGCGUCAUGUGUUCCGACAAAACUUCGACUUCGAUCUCGUUGAUGUAUCUUCAAAAUUUUGAAGUAAUUGAUGAAGUUGGUUCGUAUAGUUGGGGUAGUGCCGUGCUAGCGUUUUUGUAUCGCGAGUUGUGUUGGGCGGCUCAUAAAAAUAAAUCCAAUAUCGGUGGUCCUUUGCAGUUAUUACAGAUUUGGGCAUGGAUGAGGAUAUCACCACUGACUCCCGUUCACGUUGAUAAAAACGUAGAUAUGUCUCAAAUUGUUGACCAUGACAACGUAUUUCCAAUUCCGCCAUAUGGUGCACGGUGGAUCGGACGAAUGAGUUACACUCAAUCUAGUAGACAUAGUGUACGUCUAUAUCGGGCAAUUCUCGAUCAAAUGCUCCCACACCAGUUUUCUUGGCAGCCGUACGAUCGUACGGAUCCCGAGUUUAUUACUUUGGCUAAAGAUCGCGAUAUUGUUAACCAAUCCCUAUGGUUACUGACGUGUCCGUUGAUAUGCUUUUCGCUAGUCGAAAUAUACCGCCCCGAAAGGGUACUUCGACAAUUUGGGAUGCGACAGCACAUCCCUUCGAAUCCAUCGAACCCCGAAUGCGAUAUCGCACUGCACAAAUCCGACCGUAGGGGCAAUGCGGGAAGAAAUUGGGAGGAACAUCACAAUAGAUACAUUUUCGAGUGGCGAAAUCGGUACAAGCACACGAUAGACGCUUCGACUCUCGCGGGCCCCACCUCGGAGAAGGGUUACGACGCGUGGUACGAAAGACACACGCGUCGCUUCGUGUCGCCGGUCGACACGCUGCGAAAUUCCGGUCUGCAAAUUGGAGAUCCGAUUUUUAUGGAUAUGGUGGCGGAUAAGCUUACGUCCAUGAGCAUGCUAAUUAGGACGAGGACUCCGAAUGAUGACGUGGCGCUUAACGAUUUGCUCGAGAAAUACGCGGGCGUUGUUGAUGUGGCAGCGUGUAUGCUCAGGAACAGACGCGUGCCGGAACAUAUGCUUCACAUGUCUACAACACGUGAAGCGUAAAUUCACGCGAAUUCGAAGAUUUGCUGUAAUGGUGGCAGAAGCAUCAGUGUGUGAGACAAAAAGUCAAAUCUUCAAGGGAGCAUGUUUCAGGAAUGACAACUGUGCUUCAAUUUG